GCUUGCCCACUUUGAGGAGGAGAUGCGAGAAAUGAAAGGCAGGUCCCGGGCAAUAACCACCCACGUUGGGAUUUCGCAAGAGAAGGAGCUUCUAACACGCUGUACAGCCAUGAUCUGGAAGUUUAACCAGGAACUCAAAGACACCACUCAGAAUCAGCAUAAAGAGAUCUCCGACAUGAAGGCACAAACUCUGGACAUGUUUUGUUCUGUGGAGCAAUGCCGGAUGAAGCUAGAGCGGAACCGGGACCAACAUUACCGAGAGCUGCUGCAGGCGCGUGGCCUGGACCCUAGCAGCGUUCAGAAGCAGCGACAUCUGCAGCGUCAGUACCAGUUUGUGGAGAACACACUGCGUGACGUGGAGCUCGUGCUGGAUCACCAGUGGCAGGAGUACCAGGAGCAGAAAAACACCAAGAACAGAGGCCUCCGUGUGCCGAGAAGUGACUUGCUUUAUAGGACGGUGAAAAGUAACCAGUCCUUGAUUUCAUCUCAGCAGAGGAAGCUGGACACGGUGAGAGAAAAAUUGAAGCAACUCCAGUUGUUCAGCAAUACCUCACCUCAAGACCACCGAAAUCUCAACACAGUGAGGGGUGAGAGGGAAGUAGAUCUGUACUCGCUGUAUGUGCCAGAGAUACCCUCACCUGUCUUCACAGGCUCAAAGACUCGCUGUUUGAACCCUGACAAAGUCGACAAGCUGCGUGAAUAUCUGUGUAACAGAUCUGUCACAAAGAUUAAGUCCACCCGCCCAUCCAACUGGCCAUUGUCAAAGAUUGUAGCAGCAUCCAUGAACAGGGAAAGGUCUGAUGUCUCAAGUCCUGAUGACACAGAGCCUGGGUUUCCCAUGAUCAGAAGACAGAAUUCAGCACCGAUGCCUGGAGCCCCCCAAAGAACCGUUGCUCAAAGCCUGUCCACUCUCAGUACCCUCUCAUCCAAUGCUGCAUUGUUUGGGACCAGGGCCUUUUCUGCCUCAGACACGACUUCAUUUAACAGGGUGGACUAUCAAGAAGAUGUGAUUGUGAACUCUCCUUCAGUGUCAGAUAGUGAGGUGGAUGACAAUGGGUAUGAGGGAGGAGAUGGCGACGGCCCCACCCCGAACGAUCUCAGUCAGGAGGAGGACGAAGAGGAUGAGGGUGAGGAAAACCAGGAUGCCCUCCCAGCUUACCAGAACUCCCGUUUGUCAGCUCCCAAGUCAUUCGGCUUUUCCCAACAGGGUUUUCAGCCAUCUGGCACACCUGAUAAAUUAUCGGCCCAAACAAACACAUUCAGUAAAGAAACUAGAGUAGUGAGUGGUAGUGAAGGACAGGACAGUUCGACCAGUGGAAAGGCUAAACUGGAGAAUGUUAACACAUCCGAUGGCAGUUCACUGAGAUCCAGUACCUCUGUUCUCGGCCAGCGAAUUGCUGCAACAUCAAGUGGUGGCCUGGUUGGAUCUGCUUCAACUGCGACAGCACUGAGUGGGGGGCUGUUUGGAUCUGCCUCAACUGCUACAGCUGCUGGUGGGGGCCUGUUUGGAUCUUCCUUGACUGCUACAACUGCUGGUGGGGGCCUGUUUGGAACUGCCUCGACUGCUACAACUGCUGGUGGGGGCCUGUUUGGAUCUAUCUCAGCUGCUACAACUGCUGGUGGGGGCCUGUUUGGAUCUGCCUCGACUGCUACAACUGCUGGUGGGGGCCUGUUUGGAUCUAUCUCAGCUGCUACAACUGCUGGUGGGGGCCUGUUUGGAUCUGCCUCUACUGCUACAACAGCUGGUGGUGGUUUGUUUGGAUCUGCUGCAGCUCCGACAACAUCUGAUGGGGGCCUGUUUGGAUCUGCUACAGUUGCAACAACAACUGGUGGGGGCCUGUUUGGAUCUACUACAACUGCAACAAAGGCUACUGGGGAUCUGUUUGGAUCUACUACAACUGCAACAAGAAGUAAUGAGGGCCUGUUUGGAUCGACAGGUAGUGGUGGCCUGUUUGGGUCUACUACGACUGCAAAAACAGCUGGUAGUGACAUUGGGCCUGCCAAGACUGCAACAACAGUUAGUGGGGGCCUGUUUGGAUCUAACACGUCAGCAACAACAGGUAGUGGUAAUCUGUUUGGACCUGCCACAACUGCAACAACAGGUACUGGGGAAUUGUUCGGAUCUACUACCACUGCAACAACAGGUACUGAGGGUCUGCUUGGAUCUGCUACCACUGCAACAGUAGCUAGUGGGGGUCUGCAUGUAUCUGCUACCACUGCAACAACUGCCAGUGGGGGCUUGUUUGGAUCUGCUACCACUGCAACAGCUGCCAGUGGGGGCCUGUUUGGAUCUGCUACCACUGCAACAGCAGCUAGUGAGGGUCUGCAUGUAUCUGCUACCACUGCAACAACUGCCAGUGGGGGCCUGUUUGGAUCUGCUACCACUGCAACAACAACAACUAGUGGAAGCAUGCUUGGAUCUGCUACCACUGCAACUACUGCCAGUGGGGGUCAGCUUGGGUCAGCUACCACUGCAACAACUAGUAGAGGCAUGUUUGGAUCUGCUGCCACUGCAACAACAGCGAUUGGGAGCAUGUUUGGAUCAGCUACGACAGCAACAACAGCUAGUGGGGGCCUGUUUGGAUCUGCUACGCCUGCAACAACAGCUAGUGGGGGCCUGUUUGGAUCUGCUACGCCUGCAACAGCAGCCAGUGGGGGCUUGUUUGCAUCUGCUUCAACCGUGACACCUAGUGUAUCUCUUUUUGGAUCUCCUUCAGGUGCUACAACGGCUAGUGGGAGACUGUCUGAAUCUACUACAACAACAACAUCUAGUGGUCUUCACUUUGCAUCUGUUACGAGUGCAACACCAGCUAGUGGGGACCAGCUUUUUGGAUCUGCUACAACUGCAACAACAGCUAGUGGAGGCCUCUUUGGAUCUGCUACAACUACAACAACAGCUAGUGGAGGCCUCUUUGGAUCUGCUACAACUGCAACAACAGCUAGUGGAGGCCUCUUUGGAUCUACUACAACUGCAACAACAGCUAGUGGAGGCCUCUUUGGAUCUGUUGCAGCUGCAACAACAGCUGGUGGGGGCCUCUUUGGGUCUGGCACAACUGCAACAACAGCUGGUGGGGGCCUCUUUGGGUCUGCUACAGCUACAACAAUAGCUGGAGGGGGCCUCUUUGGGUCUGCUACAACUACAACAACAGCUGGUGGGGGCCUCUUUGGGUCUGCUACAACUACAACAACAGCUGCUGGGGGCCUCUUUGGGUCUGCUACAACUACAACAACAGCUAGUGGGGGCUUGUUUGGAUCGACUACAGCAACAACUACAACAGCUGGUGGGGGCCUCUUUGGGUCUGCUACAACUACAACAGCUAGUGGAGGUCUGUUUGGAUCUAGUACAACUACAACAACAGGUGAUGGGGGUCCCUUUGGAUGUAACACAGUAUCUUCAGGACCUAGUGGUUUUGGUAGUGGCCUAUCGGGUGGGCUCUUUGGAACGAGCACAACAAGCAGCUCUGUGGGUGGAGUGCUCGGGUCUAACCCAGCAACAUCUUCAUUUGGUGGCAACCCUACACCUCCCACAAGCGGAGCAGUGUUUGGCACAAAGGUCAACAGUCCCAGUCCAGCAGUGUUUAGCUCCAACCCAAUGAGCUCUUCUGUAGGAUUUGGAGCUAGCACAGGUGGAGGUGGCUUUGGCUUCAGCAGUGGCUCAGCCAAUUCGGGUUUCCUUGGUGGACUCGGAGGCAAGCCAAGUGCAGAAAAUACAUCUAAAAAUGUCUUUGGAACUCCAACCUUUGGCACCCCUUCUACCAGUUCAGCUAACCUCUUUGGCAAUCAGGGCACCACAAGUUUUGGUUCUUCAUUUGGAUCAUCCACAAAUGCAACACCCAGUGGAUUUGGAUCCAGCAAUGCCACUGGUGGAUUUGCCUCAGGAGGAGCCAGUGUUGCAGCUGGUGGUUUUGGAUCACCUAGUGCCAGUAAUACCGGAGCCAGCUUUGGUGUCAGCCCUCAACCCAAAUCCACAUUUGGAGGAUCUCCUGUGUUUGGCUCUACCCCAGCGUUUGGAGGAUCACCCACGUUUGGCACUACCCCUGCCUUUGGAAGUAGCCCUGUCUUUGGAGGGACAAGGCCUGUGUUUGGGUCCACGUCAACCUUUGGAGCAUCUCCGGGGCCCAGCGGAGGAGGCAUAUUUGGGUCCACUCAGACGGCCGCAUCAGGGUUUGCCGGCUUGGCCAAUAGCAGUGGUCCCACGUUUGGAAGCCUGGCACAAAAUACAGGCUCUACUGGCUUUGGAAGCCUGGCACAAAAUACAGGCUCUGCUGGCUUUGGUAGCCCUAGCUUUGGGGGAACACCAUCAAGCUCUACAGGGGGUUUUGGCAGUCCAAGCUUUGGGUCAGGGCAGUCUUUUACCGGGUACCGAUCUUGAACUGGAGCUGCUCAGUUUUAUCUCAUCUUCAGUAUAAAGUACAGUGACAAAUAAUACAGCGCGAGGUUCUGGUGUUGACUUGUUGAUGAAUAUAUGAGAUGAGCCCAUGGUAUCUUGACACAAGACAGACCCUUGGUAUAUUGACAUGAGAUGGACCCAUGGUAAAUUGAGAUGAGAUGGACCCAUGGUACAUUCACAUGAGAUGGACCCAUGGUACAUUCACAUGAGAUGGGCCCACGAUAUAAAACACAAGAUGGACAUGAGAUGGGCCCAUGAUAAAUUGACCACGAAUUUCCUGUUAAAAUAAAAAUCAUUG